AUGGCCGAUGGACUGACACCAUUGUCUGGACAACCCAGACAACACUUUUGUGGGUGGGGAGCGACGCUGGUAGACUCUCUCGACAGCCUAUAUCUCAUGGGGCUAGAAGACGAAUUUAAACGAGCCUUAAACGCCAGUCUGAUGCUCGACUUCACGAAAUGCCUGGACGAUGCUGAAGUGAACCUGUUCGAAUCCACUAUUCGGAUCCUGGGAGGGCUGUUAGCAACAUAUGACCUGGCCAACGACGUCAGAUUGAUUCCCAAGUUAGUCGAACUCGGCGAUGUCUUGCAUACCGCUUUCAUGACCCCCAACGGCAUGCCCCGAACCCGGUACAGACUGGGACAGAGUGAGGGACGAUCUCGAGCGCCUAGUACCGCUCCGGUGGCAGAGGUUGGUACUUUGAGCCUGGAAUUUGCGAGACUCUCACAGACCACCGGGGACCGCAAGUACUUGGACGCCGUCGACUCGCUGAGUCAGAAACUUGCUCAGACCCAACAAGACUCUGGCAUCCCGGGACUCUGGCCGGAGACAGUCUACCCCGGUUCGGUGGGAGGUCUAGGGUCCUAUUUUGCGCGGGGAGGCCUUCGCUGGUCUCUGGGAGCUGGCUCGGACUCUGCAUACGAGUAUUUGCUCAAAUCUCAUCUGCUACUGGGUCGACAGACAGACUUGUACAAGACUAUGUGGAAAGCUGCCUCGGAGCAGAUUAAAGAACAUCUGCUCUUCCGGCCAGCAAUUCCUAAUACAAACAGAACAGACGUGCUCUUCAGCGGCACUGCUGUCAAAGUGCCCGACCGCGAAUACAUAACCCUGGAAACCAAGGUCCAACAUCUCGCCUGCUUUGCUGGCGGCAUAUUUGCACUUGCAUCACGAAUAUUUGAGGAGCCACAAGACCUUAAACUUGCGACGCAGCUCACCAACGGCUGUGUAUGGGCAUAUCUCAACACCCCGACGGGGAUCAUGCCAGAGUCUUUCUCCGUGAUGCGAUGUCCGCAUGAAGACCCCCGUGAAUGUGAAGAAGCUUACCGCGUAUUAGAGGGUCAUGGCCAACCUGUGUGCCUAAACGGAGUGUGCACCGACAUGCUCCCGCCCGGGUUUCUUGAAGUCAGCGACCCGACCUACCGACUUCGGCCUGAAGCAGUCGAGUCCUUGUUCAUCAUGUGGCGCGUCACUGGGGACGAACACUGGCGAGACGUCGGCUGGCCGAUAUUCCAGUCCAUCAUUAAACAUACUCGUGCUCCCUACGGUCACGCGUCGCUUGCAAGCACUAUCCAGCUUGUCGACCGACAUGCCUGUGAGAACGACCUGUGGGUGAACAAGAGGGGGCCAUUACAGCUUGAUGAAAUGGAAAGCUUCUGGUUCGCGGAGACGUUGAAGUAUUUCUACCUCCUCUUCAGCGAGCCGGAUCUCAUCAGCCUGGACGACUUCGUGCUGAAUACCGAAGCCCACCCAUUGCGCUUAACAGAUGAAAUACGAGGCUUCGGGUGA